GGCCUCCAUCUCGGCCAACUUGCCUGGAAAAUCGUAUGGAUAGACUCAAAAUGACCAUGAAAGGCUAAGAAAACAAUAUUCGUUGCUUUUGAUUAGAACCGCUUUGAGAUAUGAUGGAAUAUUUAGUCAUAAACGCAAAAUGUGACAUGUGGACUGUAAAAUGAGACGUUUGGCCCCCUGUUUCCUUUACAAGGACAGAUAACAUAUGGAGAAGAUAAGCUCGAUAACGAAAAAAAUGGCGCUCAAAAUCAUAAAAAUUCUGACAAAAUGGCCACAGUUUACUGAGCUGUCGAAUAACUAUGUAAUUCACUAUUUAAUGUACAAUUACUUAAAUUCACCAUUUUAAAUUUGCUUAAUCCUCCUGCGUAAAUAUAAUAUUUAUUGCAUAUGAUUCUGAUUGAAUACAUUUAUAUUUGUAAUAAAUAAAAAUAAAAAUUAGACCAUCCUUGUACUGUGCUGUUUAACAUAUAGGGCCAUUUUUGAUGCAGCCUCUAGGAGUCAUAAAAGGCCGACAUUUUCAAGUGUUAUCCACUUUUGACUUUUCAGCAUUCAAAAACAUCUUUGUCCUGUGACACCAUCAUGAUGCAUAACUUAAAACUGAGAAUUUGUUUUGGCUCCAGUUGAGGUUCAUUCAGUGAUUGCAUAAUUCUUCUGCCAUUCUCUGUUUAACUCCAUUAAACAGUAACAUGUUGUUUCCACUGCAGCUUUAACUAUUUUUGACUGUUUUUUUUUUUGGACUUUAGCUCAAAGAUCACCCUGGUUAGUGAGGUGCACUGUGAAGUCUGUCAAAAUCUUUAAAGCAGAUCACUAGCCUUUUCCUCUAGGCUACAAUGCACUGAGAACAGAACUUCAUCCAAAGUGUAAAACCUUAGAUACCAAAAAAAUUUAAGUCUUGGAUCUCAGCGGUAAUGACAACCUUUGAUGACCUCCUGGAGGAGGCUGGGACUUUUGGCCAUUGUCAGAGGCGUAUCUUUGCCCUGCUCUGUCUGCUGUCAUUGCCUUUUGCAGGUGUGUACGUCGGCAUCGUCUUCCAGGGUUUCACCCCGGAUCACUGGUGUCGGGACUCUGCGGUGGUGGAGAUGAGGCAGGCGUGCGGCUGGAGCCUGGCAGACAGUCGCAGGCUGACGGUGCCUCUGGUCAACAGCUCUGGGGUGCUGCAGCAGAGCAGCUGUGAGCAGUACAAGGUGGACUGGAACAGCACAGGACUCACCUGUGACACCCAGGAACUGGACCUCAGUGGAGUCCCAGUCUCCAUGUGCAAGGACGGCUGGGAGUAUCAGAAUGAAGGGAGGAAGUCCUUUGUCACAGAGUUUGACCUGGUGUGUUCAGAUGGAUGGUUGGUCGACAUGUACCAGUCCACUCUCAACGCGGGCUUCCUCGCCGGCAGCUUUGCCUUCGGCUACUUUGCCGACAGGUUUGGCAGGAAGGUCAGUUUCCUGAUGUCAUUCAUACUGAAUGCGAUCUCUGGGUUUGCGCUGGCUGUGGCUCCAAACUACAUCUCCCUCCUGGUGUUCAGGACCAUCUUUGGCUUCGGAGCCAAAGGAGGCUGGAUGACUUCCUACGUGCUGCUGACAGAGAUAGUUGGAGUGGAGUACAGACGAACAGUGGGCAUAUUGUACCAGAUGUUCUUCAGUGUCGGCGUCCUCAUCCUCCCUCUGCUCGCCUACUUCAUCACUGACUGGCGCUGGCUGCAGGUCACCAUCACUGCCCCCUACAUCCUCUUCCUGUCCUACUACUGGUUAAUCCCAGAAUCUCCAAGGUGGCUCAUUUCCCAGAACAAUUCCUCCAGAGCGAUGGAGAUCACUGAAUCUAUGGCAAAGGAGAACAAGAAGAAACUCACUAGGAACUUGGAGACACUCACUGAUGAGGAGGGUGACUCCCCCUCUGCCUCCUUGCUGGACCUGGUCAGAACCCCAAAUAUGAGGAAACACACUUUCAUCCUCAUGUUCAACUGGUUCACCAGCGGUGUGGUUUAUCAGGGCCUCAUUAUGAGGGUGGGGAUAGCAGGAGGAGACGUCUACAUUGACUUCCUCAUCUCUGGCCUGGUGGAGUUCCCCGCCGCCUUCCUCAUCCUGUUCACUAUUGAACGUAUCGGCCGACGUCUCCCCUUCGCCUCCGCCAACAUCGUCGCCGGAACCUCCUGCCUCGUCACCGCCUUCAUCCCUGACAGUAUGUUCUGGUUUAAGAUGGUGGUGGCCUGCAUCGGUCGGCUGGGUAUCACCAUGGCCUUCGAGAUGGUGGUGUUUGUUAACACUGAGCUCUACCCGACGUUUGUCAGGAACCUGGGAGUGUCAGUUUGUUCCACUCUGUGUGACGUUGGAGGCAUCGUCGCUCCGUUCAUGCUCUACAGACUGGCUGUCAUCUGGCUGGAGCUGCCACUCAUCAUCUUCGGAGUGGUAGCGUUCAUAGCUGGAGGUUUGGUGCUGUUGCUGCCUGAAACCAGAGGAGUUCCUCUCCCCGAGACUAUUGAUGAUAUCGAAUUUCCUAAUAGGAAAAAGGAGAAUCCACUGGAGAACCAACAAAUGAAGAAACUUUUAAAAUCAAAGCUGACAAGCAAUAAGGAAACAAGAAGUGUGUGAUGCAUGUGUUUGUAGAUAGAUUUCUACUCAUGAUACAAUAUGUUGCCCUCUGUUAAAAACAAUUUUUACAUUUUCUGUAAAGCAUGACUUGCCCAUUUC